AUGAUCGCCAAGGACUGGACCAACAUGACAAACGCCGUCUGGAUGUCGCCCCUUCUUCGCUUGCUGAAAGAAAAGGACAGUACGUCCUGCGAAGAUGCUAUCGGGACCGGCCAGAGAUUCAAGCACGACCUCUUGAAUUAUUUGAAAGCUUACAAUGUUCGGAGACCCACGCUCAGGGAUCUGGUCGACAAGUUAAGCCAGUAUGACUUCUCAAGCGUGAAGGCUGCACUCAUCGCAAGCGUGCCGGGCCGCCAUUCAAUACAUGAUACCUCUCAAACAUCAUGGGGUUGGCCCGCCUUAAAGCACGUACUUCGCCAUGUUCCUGUCCAAGACGGCAAGUCGGAGAUUGUGGUGCAGAUCUCGUCCAUUGCUACUCUGGGAGCCACCGACAAUUGGAUUCAGAAGUGUCUUUUCAACCCUCUCUCAGAAUCCAGCGACAAGGGGCCAAAAAAGACCAAGCCAACAUUCAAGGUUGUGUUUCCGACGGCCGACGAGAUCAGGAGAAGCUUGGACGGCUAUGCAUCUGGUGGGUCAAUUCACACCAAGAUCCAGUCCCAACAGCAGGCGAAGCAACUAGCCUAUCUGCAUCCUUUCUUCUGCCACUGGGGAAACGAUGCCCCCAAUGGAAAAGCAUUGCCUGAAACAGCGACCGUGAGAGAGGCCGGCAGGAAGCGAGCUGCACCGCAUAUAAAGACAUACAUUCGGUAUGGUGAGAAGUCAAUCGACUGGGCGCUCGUCACAUCGGCCAACAUUUCAAAGCAGGCAUGGGGCGAGGUGGCAGGAGCCUCGCAGGAGGUGAGAAUUGCUUCGUGGGAGAUCGGCGUCUUGGUAUGGCCUGAGAUGAUGGCCGAAAAGGCGACCAUGGUGAGCACGUUCCAGACAGAUUUGCCCUCGAACAACACCGAAGGAAGCAACCCAGUUGUUGGCGUUCGCAUACCCUACAACCUACCACUUCAGCAUUAUGCAAAGGACGAGAUACCUUGGGUCGCAACGAUGGCCCAUGCAGAACCAGACAACAUGGGAAGGUUUUGGGGAGUAGCAUAG